AUGCGCCCAGCUCAGCGUUUCAUCUUCCUUUCCAUCUUCAUAUUCGUUGCUUGGUACCUAUUCCUUCGAUCUCCAGCCUCCAAAGUUGCUAUACCUGUCGAACCACGAGAUGAUUUACCUCCCACGGUCGCUAAAUUCGUGAAAAAGAAGCUUAAUAAAGCUCGUCCGGUAACUUUCACCAUCGGCGACGAAUUUUCACUCGAUAAUCUUCACAAUAUACGUGAAAAACUGCUACCAUGGGGUCGAGCGUCAAAUUACGUUGUCCUUUGUCUGGACGAACCGUGUAUGAAGAUGAAUGCCGGUGGAAUCAAAAGGAUAGACGUUAGCAUGGUCCGGGGCGGUCGUGGGAGCGUUUUGAUCCUCUUUGCACUGUACCUUACCGAAAACCACUACUCUUUCCUACACGUUGACUCCGAUAUCUGCCUUACAGGCACCCACGACCCUUUUUCGCGUACUCUAAAGCAGAACGAUGACUCCUGGGAUGUUCAAUUCAUGGAAGAAAAUGAUAGGCUCGAUCCAGGAUUUUGGAUGUCCAGGCCGUCUACUGGAACGCUCGCAUACCUCCGUGCUACGGAAGCACUCCUCCAAGAUCCCAAGAAUAAGGGAUUCAGUGCGACAUACCUCUUGCGAGAAGGGAUCCGUGGGUUACCACUACGAUAUCACCUACUAGAUGUGAAAGAUUUCAAGUCUUGGGCGGAUUAUCAAGCUUGGGAGUCCCAGAACUUUGCGACAGAACCGCAAAUCGACGUUUUGAUACAAGGCACGACCGCGAUACACUUUACUUGCAUCGAUAAAUCCAUUCGGCCAUACUUCGGAAAGCUAUUUGGCGGAUGGUCGGAUUAUAAUGGGUACUAUUCUAAUAUUAGGGGACGAUAUCUAGUUGUCUCUGGUAUCUCGGGCACAAAUGACCAAAUCAUCAACUUCAUCGCUUUGGCAAUACAACUCGCCAUUGACUCCGGAAGAAUCCUGAUUCUGCCGUACCACGUUGAAAUAAUCCAGCGACGGAUGAAAACGGUUGGACCGGAUACGAUACCGGAGUAUAAGCGUAUUCCAACUUUUCCCUUCUAUAGGGUGGUCGACAUCAAUAGUCUCAAUGGCCUGGUUGACUAUGUUGAGGCAAGCUUUGCGCUGAAUAGGGAAAAGUUCACCGGGAAGGAUGUUUCUCUUGAUACCUUGGUAUUAGAUGAGGGCAUGUUGGAAUUAGAGAAGGGCACGAAGUAUCCGAAACUGGUGACUAGGGUUAGACAACAGUCCGGUGCUGCAGCUUUAUCUAUAGAGCUUCGAGGGUUCGAGAUAAGGAAUGCAGCCGGGUUUGAGCCUGGAGUGAAGGAUUACGUCAAGAGGAUUAAGGAAAAACUAAGAAUUUGUCGGAAUAUUGAUGAAAGCGAGACCACCUGCGAGAAGAGGUGUACAUGA